AUGUCUAACUCGAGCGACAAGCGUUACAGCGGCGAGGAGAAGCUCAUUAUCUCGUUGGACAUAGGAUGUACACACAGUAUGCAGUAUCAUUCAAAGGAGAUGCCCGUCACAAGAUGGCCGGGCCAACCAGAGGCGAGUGGGGACUCCAAGGUUCCAACCAUUUCUGCAUACAAAAAAGGGAAACCAAUCGCUUUCGGUGCCGAGGCCCGGGAAUAUAUUGGGGAUAAGGACUAUGAAAUCGCCAAAUGGUUCAAACUGCAUCUACACCCAGACGAGAUAGCAAAGCUCGAUGAUCAACCACCUCCCUACAACGCUUCGACCAACGAGCUUGAGAUACCGCCUCUCCCUCGCGGCGUCUCUUUGAAGUCGGUUUACGUCGAAUUUAUCAACUAUGUCUUCGAGGCGACUCGCUUGCAUUUCGAAGACAGUACGCCGAAUGGAAAGGAGAUUUGGUCGCGGCUUAUCAGCAGUGCUGCAGUCGUAUUUGCGAUUCCAAACGGAUGGGAUACAAUACAACACGAAUUCCUCAAAGAAGUCGCCGUGGACGCCGGAUUAUUCCAGAACAGCGACGAUGUGGAACAGCGCAUCGAAUUCGUUACUGAAUCCGAAGCAGCGGUACACUAUGUUCUACAUGAGACGAAUCAUGCAACGUGGAUUCAUCCAGGCACCGAAUUCGCUGUUGUUGACUGUGGAGGGUCGACGAUUGACAGCACCAUUUACCGAUGCAAAGCUACAGAGCCCAAACUGGAGCUCGAGGAGGUCGCUAUCAGUGAAUGUGUCCAGGCUGGCGGGGUGUACGUAGAUGGAGCGGCUCAGGGGAUGCUAAAGUCCAAGCUGGCAAAUUCCAAAUACGGUGGUGACGAUAUUAUCGCGGAUAUGCUUGAUGCUUUUGAGCAAAGGACAAAGAGGCUGUUUGAUGGACAGCAAGAGUCGAAUAUAAUCACAUUUGGGUCACGUAGAGACAACGACCGCGAUUUUGGAAUUAUCCAGGGUAGACUUACCCUCGGAAAAAGCGAGGUCGCAAGCACCUUUUCAUUCCCUAUUGAAAAGGUGCUGAACAGCUGCAAAACCCUUCUCAAAACAGAAAGGUCUAUCAUUUAUUGCUGGUUGGCGGGUUUGGCGAAUCCCCGUAUCUUCGACGGCGGCAAGGAAGCGCUCAAUUCUCUAGAUGUCGAGGUCUACAGUAUCGAGCAACCUGCGAAGAAGGCUGCAGCCGAGGGUGCAACAGUGUGGUUCAUCAAACAGUACGUUACUGCCCAUACAGCUCGUUAUACCAUCGCCUCCGUCAUCAUGAAAUCUUUCACACCGGCAAAGGAAGACCACUGGGCAAGACGCCAGUUGGCCUUUGUAUCUGCCGAAUUAUGCACCCUCGAAGCAAGUUGCGCAGAUAUGGUACCAGAGCUGUGCAAGGGAGUCGGCGAUGUUUCCUACUGGAGAUUGGAUUACGACCUCGUGCUUACAUUCACCGGGACACGGCUCCGUGCUCGUCUGAAGUGGACAGACAAAGACGGAAAGACGCAAUAUGGGCCAGUCAAAAUAGUCCCAGCUAAGACUCCGUCCGAGAAGGAUGGCAAAGCUAAAUUGAAAGCUCUCCGUAAGGCGUUUGCGCGUCAACGCAUUGCCGUACCGUUGUGA